ACCUGUGGUCACGUGCGGAGUGGCGGCGCCUCCCUGGGCUCACCUGAGGGCGUGCAGGUAAUGGUGGGCGGGGAACAAGUAAAUGUCGGGAGGUGAGUGACUAAGGUGGUGGUCACCGUCACUGUUGUUGUGGUUUGUUUGUUUGUUUGUUUGUUGAUUUCUUUUAUUCCCAAGACGUGGCGGCGCCGUCUGGCUGUCUGCUGGUGCUGCCUGCCAGUGGUCUGACCAUUUUGUCGCGAGUGUUUGGGCGUUGUCCUUUCUGGGGAUUUCCCGGCCCGUACUGAGUGAGGUUAGGUUAGGUUUUCUUUGCAAGAUUUUCCCGUCACAGUGGUGGCAGCCACGCAGGACAAGACACACGGUAAUUCUUAAGAAAUACACCUCCACACAUAUCUUAUUAAUCUUUUCCCCUCUCCCCCAACAAGCUUGGGGCCACGUGGGGAAUUGGGUUUGUUUUUGGAGGGGGACAUAAAAGACCGAUAAAUGGACUGAAAAUCUAGGGAAAUUUCCCUAAAAUAAAAAAAAUUUGGGGUAAAAUUUAAGUUUUAACCAAUACUCCAGAAUAAUUAUAUACCUAUCCUAACCUAACCUAACCGGGGGGGCUGCGCACCCCAUGAACCCCCCCCCUGCUAUCCGGGGGGGCUGUGUCCCCCUGGAUCCCCCUAAGGUUAAAGUGUCAUUAAACAUCAUAGACUUAGUAGCAUGGACAAAAGCACCCUGCGUGUAAACCAACGCACGAACGCACGCAGUGUAACUUCAGCACGGACAGGUAAGCAGGACGGAUCUCGGGAAUACUGGAGAAACUUUAACAUUGUAUUGUAACCUUAACAUCAACGAGCGAUCAGUAAAACCUUUACAGACUUGUAGCUAUACUACUUACACUUCUUGAAAGCACACCUUAUUGAAAAUAAUCUUGGGUGCGUUGUUCUUAAGAUUUUCCAGACACACACCGUCAGUAAGGUUAGUUUGGUCUCCUGGACAAAAUUUUCCCGUCACAGUGGUGGCAGCCACGCAGGACAAGACACACACCAUCAGUUAGUCUUUUCUGCUUUCUUGUUUUAUUUUUGUUAUUUUGUUAAUUUGUUUAAUAUUGUUUUUUUUUGUUUGUCGUGCAGAACAGACGCGGUGAAAGAGCAAGGCCAGACUGGCAAGUCCUCCUGUCCAUUGUGCCCCAGAGCCUCUCAGAUCAGUGGCUGGCAAGUCCUCCCAUCCUCUCUGCCCCAGAGCCCCUCAGGUGCAAGGUCGGUGUGCAUCCUUGGUGCAGCCCCAGGGUUCCUGCAGGAACAGCCACGGCCAGGAGCAGCGUUGCAAUGGAGGGUGCGAGGCCAGGCAGCAGCAGCAGCAGCGGCAGUAGUAACAGCCUGGAGCAGCAGGUGACCCAAGGCGGGAGGACCUACACUUGUGACCACUGCGGCAAAGUGUGCUCCACCAAGGCUGCCAUUGCCAGACACGUCCUCUCCCAUGCCAGCAAGACAAGGCUGAGAGGCAGGAGUGGCCCCGCUGAACACACUGCCACCCACACUGGUGGCAGGAACCACAAGUGUGACCUCUGCAGGAAGACAUUUGUCCGGAAGAGUCAUCUUGCCUCACACAUCCUCACCCACACUGGGGAGAGAAAGUUCCAGUGCCUGGAGUGUGGGAAAAGAUUUACUAAGGGGAGUCAUCUUAACAGACACAUCCUCACCCACACUGGGGAGAGAAAGUUCCAGUGCCUGGAGUGUGGGAAAAGAUUUACCCAGAAGGGUUCCCUUAACACACACAUCCUCACCCACACUGGGGAGAGAAAGUUCCAGUGCCUGGAGUGUGGGAAAAGAUUUACCUGGAAGGGUUCCCUUAACACACACAUCCUCACCCACACUGGGGAGAGAAAGUUCCAGUGCCUGGAGUGUGGGAAAAGAUUUACCCAGAAGGGUACUCUUGACAGUCACAUCCUCACCCACACUGGGGAGAGAAAGUUCCAGUGCCUGGAGUGUGGGAAAAGAUUUACCCAGAAGAGUAAUCUUAACACACACAUCCUCACCCACACUGGGGAGAGAAAGUUCCAGUGCCUGGAGUGUGGGAAAAGAUUUACCCAGGAGAGUCAUCUUAACACACACAUCCUCACCCACACUGGGGAGAGAAAGUUCCAGUGCCUGGAGUGUGGGAAAAGAUUUACCCGGAAGGGUACUCUUGAGAGACACAUCCUCACCCACACUGGGGAGAGAAAGUUCCAGUGCCUGGAGUGUGGGAAAAGAUUUACCCGGAAGGGUUCCCUUAACACACACAUCCUCACCCACACUGGGGAGAGAAAGUUCCAGUGCCUGGAGUGUGGGAAAAGAUUUACCCAGGAGAGUCAUCUUAACACACACAUCCUCACCCACACUGGGGAGAGAAAGUUCCAGUGCCUGGAGUGUAUGAAAAAAUUUACCCAGAAAAGUGAUCUUAACAGACACAUCCUCAUCCACACUGGGGAGAGAAAGUUCCAGUGCCUGGAGUGUGGGAAAAGAUUUACCCAGAAGGGUACUCUUGACAGUCACAUCCUCACCCACACUGGGGAGAGAAAGUUCCAGUGCCUGGAGUGUGGGAAAAGAUUUACCCACAAGGGUACUCUUAACACACACAUCCUCACCCACACUGGAAAGAAGAAGAGAAAACAUCCAAAAUCAUAGCUGUUGCAGUCCCCGGUGACUCCGGCCUCAGUAGAGCUGAAAGGCACAAAACUACAAAAUAUCACGACCUAAAAAGUGACCUGGGAACAACAUGGUCGCCGAUGGACACCGGUAUAAUACCAGUGGUGGUGUGGGCGACAGGGCUAAUGAAGAAAACCUGGAGAGCUGCCUGGAGGCAAUCCCCGGUCGCCCAAGUGCCCACGAGGUACACACAGCUGCGGUCAAGGGAACGGUCGCCACGCUGAACAUAACCCUCGGAUGGAAUGCCGGCGCUGCUGAGGGUGUGACCGCUAACACCAGGCUUGGGGCCCAUUGCACUCACCAGACAACAAAACAGGAAAGUGCAGAAAACUGGGAGAGAAAGUUCCCGUGCCUGCAGUGUGGGAAAAGAUUUACCCACAAAGGUAAUCUUAACACACACAUCCUCACCCACACUGGGGCUUGUACAAACUCAGUGCACCCUGAGUGUAGGAAGACAGAAGGAAGCAGAAACAGAAGGAUUUCCUCUGAACCACUGGAGAGAGAAACUGCAGCAGAGGAUCACCCAUCAAAGAGAAGAAAUCUGGCAGAUAACAAGCUUCCUGCAAGACCAAAACCACACAAGGAACCUCCUCAAGAAAACAGACAGAAUGACAGCAAGGCGCAGCGCAAGCAACGGCCGGCCGGGCAGAAGACCGGCAGGGGCCGAGCCCCGGCCGAAGCCUUGGCACCACAAAUGAGGACAAAGACAAGAAAAUAAAGGCCAGAAAGAUGAAGAGGCAGCUUGCAGAAAAGCCAGGGGUGGUGUGCAGGCACAUGGCUAAGACCUCAAUAGAAGUACAAGACCCACCCAAGAAAGAAGUGGCCGAAGGAUGCUGGAGGCCACUGCAGGAAGACCCACGCAGCAUCAGGCAGCCAUGGGGAUACACACUACCGCAGUUAAACACACAAGUAAACAGCAACAUUGCCAGCUGUUCAACUUUCUGAAAACGGGGAGAGUAUGUUCCCGUGCCUGCAGUGUGGGAAAAGAUUUACCUACAAAGGUAAUCUUAACACACACAUCCUCACCCACACUGGGGCUUGUACAAACUCAGUGCACCCUGAGUGUAGGAAGACAGAAGGAAGCAGAAACAGAAGGAUCUGCUCUGAACCACUGGAGAGAGAAACUGCAGCAGAGGAUCACCCAUCAAAGAGAAGAAAUCACAAAUGAGAAAGCACCACAAAUAAGGACAAAGACAAGAAGGCAGCUUACAGAAAAGCCAGGGGUGGUGUGCAGACACAUGGCAAAGACCUCAAUAGAAGUACAAGACCCACCCGAGAAAGAAGUGGCCGAGGGAUGCUGGAGGCCACUGCUGGAAGACCCCACGCAGCAUCAGGCAGCCCCGGGGAUACAGACCACCACGGUUAAACACACAAGUAAACAACAACAAUGCCAGCUGUUCAACUUACACAGAAAGGUCUGCUGAGAAAGAGAGGGAGUCAGUGCAGCAAGUUUGAGGCUCCAGGUGUAGACAAAGCCCCAAGUUUUGGGUCAGAAAGAUUACACAAGUGCACCGUUCCUUGCACUCGUUUGUACCAGACUACAGAAAGGAAAAGAGGAGCCCCCACAAUGGCUGGCCACUGGAAACACCAGCCUGCCACCAAACGCCAGCCAGACUCCACUGCCAGCCAGACACAGAUCCGUCCGCUGCCCGUCAACAACACGCAGGUGGCCGACAGAGACACCGGCGUGGAGUUUGGUCUGGUGGAGUGCUCCACAUGCACUGGCAGGACUGGCAAGAAGGUAGCACCAGAAACACACACACUGGUGAACAGGACUGCAUUCAACACCUUGCUCAACACUCCACAUGCAAGUGUUUGGGAACACAAGAGAAUGCCACACUACAACACAAAAAAUGAGAAAAACAAUCAACAAAGAAUUACCUUAACACCUUGAAAAAGAUUCGCAGGUCAGAACUAACACCAAAAAACAAGACUACUGCCAGAAACCAGCUGGCAGUACCAGUAGUGACUUGUGGGUGUGGUGUGGUGUGGUGACUGGCCACAAGACUACUGCCACAAACCAGCUGGCAGUACCAGUAGUGACUUGUGGGUGUGGUGUGGUGUGGUGACUGGCCACAAGACUACUGCCACAAACCAGCUGGCAGUACCAGUAGUGACUUGUGGGUGUGGUGUGGUGUGGUGUGGUGACUGGCCACAAGACUACUGCCACAAACCAGCUGGCAGUACCAGUAGUGACUUGUGGGUGUGGUGUGGUGUGGUGACUGGCCACAAGACUACUGCCACAAACCAGCUGGCAGUACCAGUAGUGACUUGUGGGUGUGGUGUGGUGUGGUGUGGUGACUGGCCACAAGACUACUGCCACAAACCAGCUGGCAGUACCAGUAGUGACUUGUGGGUGUGGUGUGGUGUGGUGACUGGCCACAAGACUACUGCCACAAACCAGCUGGCAGUACCAGUAGUGACUUGUGGGUGUGGUGUGGUGUGGUGACUGGCCAAAAGGUUUAUUCUGAAAUGUAAUCUUGACAAACAUCCUCACCCACACUGUGGUAAGGAAGUACAGGUGUGGUGUUUGUGGCAGUGUUUCUGUAGGAAGAGUGGUGUUGCCAGACACAUCCAAACACUCCUGUGGGGGUGAGGUGUUGUGGAUGUGCUGGUGGUGUGUGAGGGACUUGGAGUGACUAGUGUUUGUGUGUUGUUACUUUGUACUCAAGUGUUGGAAUAAACUUUUGUUGCUAGAA